AUGACGAUCGAGACGCCGGUGCCGUUCAAGGGACACCUGAUCGAACCACCGUCACAGAUGGUGGAGACGUCGAGGGGGGAGAUUAUCGAUAUGUUCACCCAGGCGUACAUGAUGCGGCGGUUGGAGAUCGCGGCGGACGUGCUGUACAAGGGGAAGAUGAUUCGCGGUUUCUGUCACUUGUACGACGGACAGGAAGCCGUCGUGGUCGGGAUGGAGCGGGCGCUGACGAAGGAGGACGCGGUGGUGACGUCCUAUCGCGAUCACUGCGUACAUCUUGGUCGAGGUGGGACACCGCUGGAGGUGAUGGCGGAGUUGAUGGGACGCGUCGACGGCGCGGCGAAGGGCAUUGGCGGUUCGAUGCACAUGUACAAGCGCGACGCUAACUUUUUCGGUGGCAACGGCAUCGUCGGCGCGCAGACGCCGAUCGGCGCCGGGCUGGGGUUCGCUUUCAAAUAUAACAAGCAACCGAACGUGGCGGUGACGAUGUAUGGCGACGGUGCGGCGAACCAAGGUCAGUUGUUUGAGGCGCUCAACAUAGCGGCGCUCUGGGAUUUGCCAGUUAUUUUCAUGUGCGAAAAUAACCACUAUGGCAUGGGGACGGCACAAGAGCGCAGUGCGAAGAGUCCGGUGUACUAUAAGCGUGGCGAUUAUGUCCCAGGUUUGCGAGUGGACGGUAUGGACGCCCUCGCGGUCAAGCAAGCGAUCAAGUUUGCCAAGGAGCACUGCGUCUCCGGCAAGGGACCGAUCGUGAUGGAGAUGGACACGUACCGUUACCACGGGCACUCGAUGAGCGACCCAGGGAGCACGUACCGUACGCGCGACGAAAUCUCCGGCGUGCGCCAAGAGCGUGAUCCCGUCGAACGCCUUCGUAAGCUCAUCCUCGAACACAACUUGCUCGACGCGACGGAGAUCAAGCAAAUCGAAAAGGAGCAACGGCGCAUCGUCGACGAGGCGGUGGAGCAAGCCAAGGCGAGCCCGUAUCCGCCGAGCGAGAACCUCACGAAGAACAUGAACACAAACUUGGAGAACAUCGUCGUCCGAGGCGUGGAUUCGCAGACGUUCCAUCCCUUAGUUUAA